CUUUGCUGCGUGUAAGAAACGAUCUUCCUGUUUAGAGACUGUCGGAGCGGGUGACGGAGCAGGAUCCCCCGGCGACCCAGUAAACUUAUGCGCGUCUUACCUCAUUCGCUGCAUGUACCUAUAAAGACGAGUAAUUACUUAACGUCGGUAAUUCACUCGGUGUUAUGUGUAUAACUCUAUUUUUAUGUAAGGUGUGUUCUGGCGUAUUACAUGCUAUGCUGCACGUAGCGAACAUGGAUAUUUAUUUUGUGAUCAAAGCAACAAGGUUACUUGAAAACCCCGCUCUGCGUUAAAAGAAAUAAAAUUUGUAAUUGUUACAAUGUAUCUUUAAGUAACUUGAUAGGACAGCAACAAUCAACCCGUUAUUUUACAAAGGAUUUCCUUUAAGGAUACAUGCAGAAUGGACCCAGGAAGCACCGAGCCGCUCCCCCCACCGACGGGCGCAGCGCCCGGCCCGGAUUCGCUCGGGUUCUGUGGCACAUGUGGCACUUUCCUCGGGCCGGACAGAAACCCGCAGCUCCUUCCUUGUCUGCACUCCCUAUGCCAAGCCUGCACGCUACCACAGGGACCCAGAGGCAGCAGGAGAGAGUGUCCCGUGUGUGAACGGUCGUAUACGUCACUAGAGGUCACAGCUAACCGGUUUCUGAAAGGUCCGGCAGUGCAGUCAAGCACUCAAGUCAGCAAGUGUGCCGGCUGUGAGGAUUUCGCGGUCAGCGGCUGGUGCGUGGAGUGUGGGGAGGCGUUGUGCUCCAUCUGUGUGUCAGCCCAUCAGAGAGUGAGGGUGACUCGCGACCACACUGUCCUUCACCAGAAACUACCUACAGACUCCGUCCCAACAGUGUUUUGCUCCACCCACAAAGAGGAAGUGAUGAAGCUCUUCUGCAUGUCCUGCAACCAGCUGACUUGUCGGGACUGCCAGCUGACCUAUCACAGGAACCACAGAUAUCAGUUUCUCCAUGAGGCAGUAACGACUCAGAGGGAACAGAUUGAGUCCCUGGUAAUGAGAGUCAGACAGCAGAGAGAGAUGGUGAGCCAGAGUCUCCAGGACUUGGAUGGAAGGUUGCAAGACUUGACAGGCCUGAAGUCCAAAUUGAAGGACGAGAUGCAGGAAGCCCUCGUCCGCAUGCGCUACAUCCUCAUGAAGAGAUCUGUGAAGCUCUUCAAAGACGUGGAGGGCCUCUGUGGGAGUGAGGUGGAGCGAGUGACAGAGAGACAGGCCACACUGAAGAAGCUGAAGGCGAGAUUGACUUACGUCCUGGCUUUCACAGACAACGCCCUGGAAACGGGAAACGACAUCGCUCUCCUCUCCAACAAGCGACAGAUUCAGGUAGCGCUGGAGGACAUUCUAUCCCAGAAUUCUUUGCCUGCCACAUCUAUGAUGGAUGUGAUGUUCCACUGUGACCAGGAAAUCUGCAGUCGGAUCACUAAGUUUGGCAAAAUUAUAACCAAGGAGGUCCCAUUUGCCCGUCUUAGCUUCCACUGCCCCCCCAGCAAGGCUCCAGAGCAGACCCUCCACCCCCGCGGCUUCGCCCCCCCCCAGGCGUCCACCCCUUACGCCUCCGUGCUUCCUUUCUCUUCCUCCAAUCCCUGCACGAUAGCGGCUGCGUCCUUCCCUCCCCCCCCGCCCCCUCCCGCCACCACAUCUAGGGCUGCUUUCACCUCCAAUCCGUCGUCUGUUCCUCCCAGCUCUGCUCGCAGCACCCAGCCGCCCGUGUCUCAGGUUCCCUCGCCUUCCAUCAGGCAUCACGCUGCUGCUUCCCAACUACAGAAUAGCAAGAAGACCUGGUCUUUCCACAACUAUCAGCCUAAAAAGCCCAAACUUGCUUCCGACUUAGCUUCUGCCUCCCUCAAUCCCUCUCACUGUUUUGGCUUUGGGCUGCAGCCGCCUGGCUCGUCCCUCUCUGUCCCUCCGUUGACUCUCUCUUCACCCGCGGUGGUCCACCCCGUCACCCCCUCUGUUAUUAUCGUCUCGGACUCUCCUGCCGCUAACGUCCUGAACGUGAGCUCAGAUGUCAAAAAGACGCGCCCCUUCCAACCCUCUGAAUCCGUCCACCACCAAACCGCCCCUGAACUGUGGAACAUGGGCUUCUCCAUCCAGUCUGUUAGGUCCUUGAGUGACAAUUCUCCUGGCAAAGAUGAGAUGUCUUUCAAGAGUCCACCAUGUCCCCUGCCUGUGAAAGCUAUAGCUGACUCUCCGUGUGAGAGGGCGCCCCCUGCUGGCAGUGGAAGGGAGUCUGGUGUGGACAAACGGACCCAGGCUGCGGAGAACGAGCCUACCUCUACCGUGGCGGAGGCCGAGAGCCUGUUUCUGGUUGAUGCAGGGGAUGUAGAGGAAAGCGAUCAGCGUGAGGAUCAAUCCCUAUGUUCAGAAAAACGCCAGAAGGAAGGCAGCACUUUCAGUCCCAGCAAUGUGGAAGGGAACGCACCCGGCGGGCCAGAGCUGUCCAAAGGAAGUCAUCCUACCACGGAGCCCCCCCAGAAAUCACACGGCAGGAACGCCUGGACCCCGUCUAGCUUUCGGGAAUUGCUAGAACGGCCGGUGAACUCCAGUCCGGACAAGACGGCAUUCUUAAAACUUCAGCAACCGACCAGUUUGUGGGAUUUACUGGUGACAGACAGACAGGCCGCCUCCCAGUCUGGCUCAUCAGGCUCCGUGAGCAAACAUGACGGCUCCGAGGAGACGGGUGACUCGAGGAAAGCGGGCUCAUCACGCCCGUCAGAGCUCAUGCCGCGUCUGACGCCUGUUUCACUGCAGCAGGAUCAGACGGCGGAUGGUGACGAUGGUUUGUCGGCUAUUUCGGCAGCACCGGAAGUCGCAGACGCCCUCAGCAGGACCCAGUUUCCCCUGGUCUCCCUGUGGCGGCUGCCUAUCUUCCUCCCCCCCGCCGGUAACCCCCUACCCCAGUUUCGCCUGCUCCCUGGCUCCACCGAGAACAGAGUCCUGCUUCAGGUUACCGAUGACGACCAGCAGUUCAUAUCGAUUAACGCCCCCUAUAUGCAAGGCAGCCCCGACCAUCCUGAGACAGAAUGUGCCACUUGCCGUACCACGGGGCGACUCUGGCUAUGUGCAGAAUGUGGGAGGGGCUUUCACAGGGACUGCCACAUCCCACCAAUCAGCUCCAUAGCCUGGGGCGAGUGGAAGUGCUUGUUGUGUCAGGACCUUUCUGACAACGAGGACCCGUACAGCACCGAGAGAGAGAGGAGGCCCACAUUAAGCCUAGUAGAUCAGAAGAAAUGCGAGUACCUCUUACUGACCUUGCUGUGCAAGAAAGAUGGUGACGUCCUGGAGCGCUCAGCGCAACUCUCUUCAAACUACAUAGACAUCUCACUGAUUCGCGGACGGCUGCUUCGGAAGCUGUCACCUUCAUACCGAACCCCCUCAGAAUUUGUCUCUGACGUCUGGGUCCUCUUGGACACCAUGUUGGAUGUUUCCGAGGAAACCGUCUCUAUUGAGAAGCUGCAUAGAUUUUUCCAGGAAAACCUAAAUAAAACGUUCGGUAAGACACUUCACCCCUCCCUCCUGAGGUUCCCUGACAAUAAGGCGCCGGAGAGUCAGGUGGGUGCAAAGAGCAUGGAGCCGAGUGAGACCCUAAAGAGGACACAGGACAUGGCGACGGCCACCCAGGACGUGCCUGAGAAGAAAGGUCGUCAGGAUGACGGAUGCGAGAGGGAAGACAACUAAAUCAUUGCUGUGUGUGUGAGUGAGAGAGAGAGAGAGAGAGAGAGAGAGAACAAUUUAAUUUACUAUAGAAUCUGUACCUUUGAUGAAGAGGUUUUUCGUUCAUAUUCCAGGAGAGGAAAUGCAAUUGCACUGUUGAGAAAUCUUAAGCUGUAAAUUUGUCCUUUAAAAAUUUAUGAACUUGAUGUAUCUAACAAGAUGUCUGCUACACAUUAAAAUUGGCCAGUCAAUAAUGAAUCAACAGCAAUUUUAUACAAACUGGAAGAGUCUUUUUUGGCUUGGGUGUAGACUUCCUGUGAAAUGGUCUUUCCCAACCCGGUCCUCAGGCACUCACAGCAGUCCAGGUUUUUGCUCCCUCCCAGCUCACUGUGGGGACUGUCUGGCAAGGAGCUCAGAGGGAGCAAAAACAAGGACCGAUUGUGAGUCUCCAAGGACCAGAUUGGGGAAACGCUGUUAUAAAGUUAGGAAAUGUCAUUGAUCUAUACAAGAUGUAUUCUAAUAUUCUAAUAUUUUGAAUGUAUCUCAGAAAAAAUCCUUUGGUACAAAUUACCUCAUUUAACCUCAAACACGUGACAUUAUUUAAGGACGCAUAAUACAAAUGUAUCGCAUUUUCUGUUUUAGUGUUACUGAAGGUCCAGUCUUGUUCCACUGGGACAUAAUGCUUGAGUUUGUGUCUCAUUAUAGACCAAGAAUCCUUAAUGUUUGUUAAUGCAGAUACACAAAACAUAUUCAAGUUUACUGUAAACAGUAUUUGUUUUUUCUUUAUUCAAAGACUGUUUAAGUAAAGAAAACGUACAAAUGUAUGGAGCAGGAAUAUAACAUUUACAUUGUUCAAAUCAUGUUCACUGAAUCCUAUUUAAGUAGUAACUGCAAAAGUAUAAAUGUAACAAAUGAAUAGGCUUGAUGAAUAGUGUUUCCUCUUAAAAGUACCUUAAUAUCAAAGUUUUUUUCACAGCUGCAGUGUUUUCUAAUCUGUGUCCCUAGGCCUGCCAAUAUAAUCAUUUACUAUGCAACUUUAAGUUUUUAUUAAAUGGAACAAAGGAUCAUGCAAGAAAAUCAUUUUUGUCGUUAUUUUAAGAUCAAUAGAUCACAUGAUGCUACUAAAUCAGCAUUGUUAAUCACAUCCAGUUUUUUAUAUUAAUGCAGAAAUAGUAUUGUAAUUGUAAAAAUGUUUCAACAGAGCUGCAAAUGAUUAAAAUAUUUGGUCACAUACAUAAACUAUUUGUAUGUAUUGAGUCUAAGAAUUAAGCUCCAGUAUUUAAAGAUAUGCAUUUUUAGAGAUAUAUAUAAUUGUGCCAAAACAUGGUCAACUAUUGAAUAAAAAGUCAGGUUUAGUGACAGUCUACAGCACUGACUGUAUUCCCUGCCAUGGCAGUAUAUGCAGGUGAAUCUGGGAUUAAGCAAUAUGUUGGCAAUAAAUUCUUCCUUGUAUCAGUUUAAGACAAUGUUUGAUAUGAAAUAUGACUUGUUGGUAAGUAAUGUGUAGGAUGAGCUGGGGAUUUACCAGUGGUGUCAGAUUAUUAUGUUUACUAAGGUUUGAUAACCUGUAUUACUUUUCUUAUUAAGUACAUAAAAGAUCAUGUUAAUGUUGAGCAAAUCUACAUUACGUUCAAAGAUUAUGUGUACUGCCACUGUCAUUCAGAUCUGUUUCCUCAAAUUUAGCAGUUUUGGUACAAUCAGACAUUGGAAUAACUGUAUAACUGCAUUGUAAAUAAAAUAUCUAUCACAAUGUUUUAAA